AUGGCAGCCAGCCCCAAACGCAAGGCCUUUGGAUACGAUGGAACGGCAGACGCAGAAACGACUCCAGAUGCACCUGGCAAGGCACUCACUCAGGCUAACAGCGACAGCAACAGUGACAGCGACAAGGAUGGCCACGUCAUGCAUAAGAUCAACGACCCAGAUCCGAGCAUCACCAAGGGCGCCGAGAACAUCUCUACCACUGUGGCAGUUGUUCAAAACAACGUACCAUUCAAUUCCGAGGAAGAAGGGGAAGUUCAAAUACAGUUGGAUGGGGCAAGGACUGAGCCACACCCCGCGGAAGUGAUCAACUUCCCAAUAGACCACGACGAUUUUCCCUUUCUACAGAACUUUUUGUCUCGAAGCCAAGCAAGGAAAGCUGCGAAACACGACAAUCCUCGUCAAGAUGCACAGUCAUGCGAUGGUCCGAUAGAAAUGGCCAGUCAUGCAUCGGAAGAACCCACGCCUACUUGUGUGGAGGGCUCAGGGGGUGGAGGUCUGGAGGCAUCUACCACUUCUCCUGUGGGGGACCGCAACGACUUAUCAACGACCCCCAGCUACUCCCACACUGACAUUGGAACAGUCGAGCCGGAUCAGGAGGCGGAUGUCAACCUUUCCUCUCCUUGCCGACGUAGCUCCCGGCUCAAUGGGAAAGCUGCGCGACCUAAGAAGCCGGCCGCAACACUACCGAGCAAUAUUUCACUCAAGCGCCUGAACGGGACCGAAUUCAUUGCUACACAACGCGAAGCCCAACCGCUAGCCGUCACCACCCGAACAAAUACCAAACGCAACAAGGGCGAUUCGGUAUCGGUAAAAGUGAAACUGAUCCAGUUGCAUGCCGAGGAGAAAGCCAGAGAGUCAGAUCCUAAUACUGGAACUCAAGAAGUCAGCAGGAAUAAGCCAGUGUCGAAACAGGUCAAAUGGGACGACACGCUCGCUCGAUUCGAAGAUGGAAGUAUAUUCCACAAUGACCGGGACGGGGAGGCCCUUGACGACGAAGCGGACAAGCUGGAACAAAGCAGCGAUAAAGAGGCCGAUCAGAAUCAGCAGGAACCACCAAAACCCUCAGAGCCGGCCCAAGCAGAGGAUAAGCCGGCCAGAAAGGUGCGAAAGUUGAGAAAGCUGAACGUGGGUAGCGUCAACGGCACACCGGGGCCGAAAAGAACGACAAGCAUACCAGUACCUGUUGGAGCAGGUUCAUUGGAGAAGCUCACCGAUAUCAUAGCCAAAGGAAAGGGGGGCGAAGCCAAGGUGGCGGGAGGCGAGCGGGCGCAAACGCGAUACCAAAGACAGCUGAGGAAGAGCGGUUGA